AUGGAAUAUCGUUUUUAUAAAGUGAAAAAUACCAUAAUCUCUCUGCUUUUGAUUUCUGUCGAAGUUAUAUUUGUGAAUUCGGCAUCUCCAGCAGUAAAUGGUGGUUGGUCCGGUUGGUCAAUAUGGAGCGGAUGUGCGGCUGGGAUUUGCGCGGGGAAUCAGCGGAUUAGAACAAGGACUUGUACCAAUCCGAUUCGAAGUAAAGAUGGAAAGUACUGCGUUGGAGAGAGCUCUCAGCAGAUGGACUGCAUGAUUGAUGGUGGUUUCACAGAAUGGAGUCAGUGGUCUCUGUGCGAUAACCCUUGUGGGGGAUCUGUGGUUAACAGGACAAGAACUUGUGCCAACCCCACCCCCUCUCUGGACGGGAAGCCAUGCACUGGAGCCACAGUACAAACGAAGAUGGAAUGUGUUGGGCCUUGUCCAACGGGUCCCCUCGACGGUAAUUGGGGUUCCUGGACUCCUUGGUCAACCUGUCCCAAAACAUGUGGUAUGUCGGAUGGAAGCAUUCUCAGACGAACUAGGUUGUGCAACCAGCCUCCCCCGAUGAAUGGCGGGAAGCUGUGUGACGGCGACGACACUGAGACUGCGAGAUCUUGUUUCACACCUUGUCCAGUGGAUGGUGGGUUCACUUUGUGGUCUACAUGGACGACGUGUAGCCAGAGUUGUGGGACUGGCUCCAAAUCAAGAAGCAGACUCUGUAACAAACCAUUACCUACAAAUGGAGGAAAAAACUGUACCGGGGACUUCAUUCAAGCGAAGAGCUGCAAGCUUACGUCAUGUCCUGGUACGGAUAAAUUCUCUCUCUGCACUCCUUACUAG